AUGAUUAAUUUAAUAAAAAUUUUUUUUUUUUUUUUUUUUUUUUUGAAAUUAGGAACGAAAGAAUGGACAAGACCUUCCAUAAAAGGGGUCACACCUCUAGGAAGAUAUGGUCAUUCAUCUGUUUUAAUAGGUUCUAUAAUGUACGUGUUUGGAGGUUGUAUAGAUGAUUGUUAUUUAAGUGAUUUGGUAGCAUUUGAUACAAAAUUUCUUGAUUUAAACGAAGGUUGUUGGGAAUUUAUUGAUCCAAUAAAUGAUCCUCCUCCUGGAAGAACAGGCCAUAUAUCUUGCGCUUAUAAAGGAAGAAUAUACAUAUUUGGCGGAACAGAUGGAGAAAGAUGUUUUAAUGAUAUAUGGUAUUAUGAUAUAGAAACAAGAGAAUGGGUAGAAUUAAUUUGUGAUAAUUUUGCUCCUGUACCACGCGAAAGUCAUGGUGCAGCUUUAGCUAAUGAUGUUAUAUAUAUUUUUGGUGGAAGAACAAGAGAUGGUAAAGAAUUAUCUGAUCUAGCAGCUUAUGGAAUAAAUAAUGAGAGAUGGUAUAUGUUUCAAAAGAUGGGUCCUUCACCUGGUCCUAGAUAUUGGUUAACUGUAUCAUCAUCAAAAAAUAUAGUUAUGGUAUUUGGUGGUACAUCAACAAAUUCAACUAAACCAGAUGAAGAUGGAAUUAUUCAUAUUUUAGAUACUUGUAAUUAUAAUUAA